AUGUUCCAACUGAUACCCCUGUUCGUAGCGAGCGCGCUCAUGGCGGCCUGCCAGCCAGACGGAGACCACGCCGCGACCUGCCAGACCGGCAAGUGCGAGACGGUCGGGUCAGCCGAGAUCUGCACCGAGUGCAAGACCGGGGGCGUCCCGGUCGACGGCUUCUGCCGACCCUUCGGCUCCCCCCAGGCCGCGGCAGCCGGGUGCACCAAAGCGGGCGGGGCUGCCCUUGACAAGAUGACAGCAACCUGCGAGAAGUGCGGCGACGGGUACUUCCUCUUCAUGGGCGGGUGCUACAAGACAACCGACGGGCCCGGCAGCGAGAUAUGCACAAAGGCUGAGGGAGGACUGUGCACUGAGUGUAAGACAGCUAACGGCCUGUUCAAGAACCCUGCUGCAACACCAGAGAAGGGUAGUGAGUGCAUACUGUGCUCCGAUAUCAAUGGAGCAGAUGGAUAUACGGGGGUGGCUAACUGCGCACAGUGUACCAAGUCAGACAGUAAUAAGGGGGCAGCCACGUGUACUGCCUGUCAAGCAGGGUACUACAAGGACUUUCAGGCAUGUAGCAAGUGUGAUGGUACUUGUCUGACCUGUGAGACAUCGGCGGCCCAGUGCACAUCGUGUCCAGAGGGGAAGUACUUGAAGGGUGACAAGUCAUGCGUGAAUAAUAAUGGAUGCACUGGAAACACUUAUGCUGACCCGGAGUCGGGGAAGUGCCUUCCUUGCAACACGAUAGAUCAAGCAUGUACCCAGUGUGAGGUUGAUUCGACUACCAAGAAGCCGAAGUGCACUAACUGCGGUGGUCAGAAGAUGGUGAAGACGGCCAUCGAUGGCACGACAACCUGUGUCGAUGCAAAUGGGUGCGCAACAAGUAACGUUGACGGAUCCCACUUUCUAAAUGAUGGUAGCACCAAGUGCAUAUUGUGUAGUGAUGAUAGUGAAAGUUUAGAAGCUAAUAAAGGGACGCCUGGGUGUAAAACAUGUAAGAAGAACGGAGCCAAGCCGACCUGCUCGGAGUGCCUCGACGGAUAUUACAAUAGUGGAAAUGGUGGUACGGUUACAUGUGAAGCCUGUGGUGCCAACUGUGCCACCUGCACUCAAGCUGGCAAUGAUAAGUGCACUAAAUGCAAGCCUGGAUUCUUCAUGAAAGGCAAUGGUCCUACUGGUGAGUGCGUUGCUUGUGAUAAUGCACAGGGGGGCAUCGAUGGGUGUGCCGAGUGCACAAAGGAGUCUACAGGACCUCUCAAGUGCACAAAGUGCAAGCCUAACAGGAAGCCCGCUGGAACCUCAGACAACUAUACAUGCACAGAGAAGACCUGCGAGGACCCCACGGCUUGUGGGGGGACAGCUGGCUCUUGUGAUGCCAUCGUAAUAGAUGAUCAGGGCACCACAAAGCACUACUGUUCCUAUUGUGGAGAUAGUUCACAAGCUCCUAUAGAUGGUCUCUGUGCUAGUGAGGCUCAAAAGGCUGGGAAUACUUGUGCUAAUGGUGUAUGUACACAGUGCACCAACAACUACUUCCUAUACAUGGGUGGCUGUUAUAGCACUCAGAAGGCUCCUGGUAGCUUCAUGUGCAAGACAGCAGGUAAUACUGGGAUCUGCACAGAAGCAGCCAACAAUAGGUACUUCGUAGUGCCUGGUGCAUCCAACACUGAUCAGUCUGUGUUGGCUUGUAGCAACCCCCUAGGCACACUGACAGGCACUGGUGAUACUGCUAAGGCAUAUGUGGGAGUAGAGGGCUGCUCCCAGUGUACAGCCCCAGCAGCUCUGUCUGAUGGUGGUAUGGCCCCCGCUGUCUGUACCUCCUGUGACAGUAGUAAGAAGCCCAACAGGGACGGCAGUGGGUGUGUCCUGUGCUCUGUGGGUGGUUGUAAGAGCUGUGUGAUGGAUAAUAUAUGUGGGGAGUGCAACAGUGGCUUCAGUCUAGACAAUGGUAAGUGUGUGUCCUCUGGCGCCAACAGGAGCGGGCUCUCCGCGGGGGCCAUCGCGGGGAUCUCCGUGGCUGUGGUCGCUGUCGUGGGGGGCCUCGUGGGCUUCCUCUGCUGGUGGUUCGUGUGCAGGGGGAAGGCGUGA